GGUCGGGGUCCCUGGGUGCCAAGUGCAGGGCCUGGAGGAAGGGCCGGGUCCAGGCUGCCCUUACUUGGCUUCGCCCUUCCCGCGAGGAUGGGAAGAAGCUGGCGUCCAUGAAGCCGGAAGGUGCCGGAAGUGGAGAUGGUCAGCGCCAGGCUGAGGGGCAGGCUCCCACCGGCCUCCCGCAGAGCCGGGGAAGAUGGCUGUGCAGUUCGAAGCCUUCUGCGCGGGAGGCCUGGUCCCCGGCUGGAGCCUGCUGGUCCAGGGGUGCUCCGACUCCGAAGAGGACAAGUUUGAGAUCAACUUCCUGUCUGACGGGGGGGACGUCGCGUUCCAUGUGAAGCCCCGCUUCUCCAGCGCCACCAUAGUGGGCAACGCCUUCCAAGGGGGCCGCUGGGGCCAGGAGGAGGUUUCCAGCAUCUUCCCGCUGGCGCUGGGGGAGCCCUUUGAGGUGCAGGGUCGGGGGGAGAGCUGGGUGGGGUCCAUCGAGGUCAGCUCGGACGCGGAGCACUUCCACGUGCUUGCCCAGCAGCACCGGGUGCUGCAGUUUGCGCACCGCCAGAGGCCCCUGGCGGCCGUGACCCGGGUGCGGGUGCUGGGCGACCGGCGCCUGGCCCAGGUGGAGCUCGCCAGGAGGGGCCUGAGCUGGGGGUGA